GCAACGAUGUUGUUGACUUUUAAAACAAAUUGUUUUUCAAAUGCUCAAACAAUUCAAUUGUAAUUUAUACUUUGCCCUAUAAAAGUCAACUGAUAAAGGCAGCCCGGCAAGAUGGACAAGCCUCAAAUGAUUGAACAUUUGCAUGAAGCCGUAAACUACACGGUCUACGACACCAAAUGGAUUCCACUCUCGGCCAAAUUUGUGGUGCUUGGCUCAAAGGCGAAUAGUCAUGGGAUUCUGGACAUUUACGAGCUGAACGAGGACAAGCUGGUCAAGGUGAAGUCCGUGGAGAAGAAGGCGGCAUUCAAAUGCGGCACCUUUGGCGCCUCCUCGCUCCGCAAUCGUCACCUGGCCAUUGGCGACUUUGAGGGCCGCCUCCAAGUGCUCGAUCUGGAGCGACCUGACAUGGCCGUGUACAAUGUGAAGGCGCACAGUGGGAUAAUCAACUGCAUCGAUGCCAUUGGCGGCACACAACUAGAAUGUGGAGCCCCAGAGAUUGUAACGGGCAGUCGCGACGGCGCCGUCAAGGUGUGGGACAUACGCCAGGGUCAGGCACCCGUGGUGGACAUAUCGCCACCACCAAAUACCCAAAUGGGCGAUGGCAUUAACAAGUCGAGUCCCAGGCGCGACUGCUGGGCCGUUGCCUUUGGGAACACCUACAACGAGCAGGAGAGAAUUGUUGCCGCCGGCUACGACAACGGCGACCUGAAGCUCUUCGACCUGCGUGCGCUGGCCGUGCGUUGGGAGGCAACCAUUAAGAAUGGCAUCUGCGGAUUGGAGUUUGAUCGUCGCGAUAUUCCCAUGAACAAGCUGGCUGUGACCACACUGGAGGGAGGUUUAUUGGUCUACGAUAUGAGAACCCAGCAUCCCAGCAAGGGAUUCAGCUGGGUGGAGGAACGCAAUGCUGGACGCAGUGUGGGCACAAAUGGUGUCAUCAGUGGACCGAAGGCAACUGUGUGGACUGUGCGUCAUUUGCCGCAGAAUCGUGAUGUGUUCCUCACUGGCGGAGGAACUGGUUCUAUACGUUUGUGGAAAUACGAGUAUCCCGAUCGACGGGUCAUCGAGGAUGCGGAUGGCAGCAAAGAGGGAGUCGCUGGCAAGCUGCACAUGGUCAGCGCCGUGACCUUGAGUUCUCAGCCGGUGCACAGCUUCGAUUGGCAUCCGGAUAAGCUGGGUCUGGCCGUCGCCGGUGCCUUUGAUCAGAGUGUGCGUGUCCUGAUCACAACCAAGUUGAAUACGCUAUAAGCCUAGCUUUAUUAUUACUAUUAAAUACAUUAGUACAAAUAUAUGUAUGUACAAAGGG